UUCACCAGGGCCCCUGAUGGUGGGGAUGGACUUGACACAGCCAGGAACCAGGUCGCGGCCCCCGAGACACCUCAGCUGCGGUAAUGGCCGCCGCCAAUGGCGUGUAGCUGGUGGAAGAGACAAAAGAGUAGUCAGACAAGCCGGGUCAACACCAACAGGACAAAACAGUACAGGACAGCAGACGAGAAUCACAGGUCACGAGCCGGGUUCAGCAACAGAGGGUCAGAUCAAGGGAGAAAGCCGAAUCAGAUACCAGGAGAGUCACGAGAGUCAGAACAGAGUAAUAGCAACACAAAGACACAAGACACAAGUGCAAAGAGCAUGUGCGGGCCACAGGCAGGCUUAUAUGUCAUCAGCCACA